UCAGAUCUUGAAGCAUAGGGUGAAGGUUUCUCUUCACGGUGCAUGGACGGAAAGCCAAUGCGCAGGUGUACCAGUACUCGACCAGGAGAGACCGGAAUGGAUGUGACUAGCCGUUGCACACUUGGAGAUCCUAACAAACUGCCAGAAGGGGUGCCACAGCCUGCUCGCAUGCCCUACAUUUCUGACAAGCACCCUCGACAAACCUUGGAAGUCAUCAAUCUUCUGAGGAAGCACCGGGAAUUGUGUGAUGUGGUGCUAGUAGUUGGUGCAAAGAAGAUCUACGCCCACAGGGUGAUUCUAUCAGCCUGCAGCCCUUACUUCCGAGCCAUGUUCACUGGGGAACUGGCAGAGUCUCGGCAGACAGAAGUAGUAAUUAGAGACAUCGAUGAAAGGGCCAUGGAACUGCUGAUUGACUUUGCAUACACCUCUCAGAUCACUGUAGAAGAGGGAAAUGUCCAGACCUUGUUGCCAGCUGCUUGCCUUCUCCAGUUGGCUGAGAUCCAGGAGGCCUGCUGUGAGUUCCUUAAGAGACAGUUGGACCCUUCCAAUUGCCUGGGCAUCCGAGCUUUUGCUGACACUCACUCAUGCCGUGAACUGUUAAGGAUUGCUGACAAGUUCACACAGCAUAACUUCCAGGAGGUAAUGGAAAGUGAGGAGUUCAUGCUGCUUCCUGCCAAUCAGCUCAUAGAUAUUAUAUCCAGUGACGAGUUAAAUGUUCGCAGUGAAGAGCAGGUGUUCAAUGCAGUGAUGGCCUGGGUGAAAUACAGCAUUCAGGAAAGAAGACCCCAGCUGCCACAGGUCCUGCAGCAUGUCCGUCUACCACUCCUGAGUCCCAAGUUUCUUGUGGGUACAGUGGGUUCUGAUCCGCUUAUUAAGAGUCCUGUUUUGCACAGGGAUCUAGUGGAUGAAGCUAAAAACUAUCUCCUGUUGCCCCAAGAGCGUCCACUGAUGCAAGGACCAAGAACUAGGCCACGCAAACCCAUCCGCUGUGGAGAAGUGCUCUUUGCAGUGGGGGGCUGGUGUAGUGGAGAUGCAAUUUCCAGUGUUGAGCGCUAUGACCCUCAAACCAAUGAGUGGCGGAUGGUGGCUUCCAUGAGCAAAAGACGCUGUGGUGUUGGAGUCAGUGUUUUGGAUGAUCUUCUUUAUGCUGUGGGAGGCCAUGAUGGUUCCUCUUAUCUUAACAGCGUAGAAAGGUAUGAUCCGAAGACCAAUCAGUGGAGCAGUGACGUGGCCCCCACCAGUACCUGCAGAACCAGCGUUGGAGUAGCAGUUCUUGGAGGCUACCUCUAUGCUGUGGGUGGCCAGGAUGGUGUCUCUUGUCUAAACAUUGUAGAAAGGUAUGAUCCCAAAGAAAACAAAUGGACUCGAGUGGCUUCUAUGAGCACCAGGCGCCUGGGAGUUGCAGUGGCUGUGCUAGGGGGCUUCCUUUAUGCUGUGGGAGGCUCUGAUGGAACUUCUCCUCUCAAUACUGUGGAACGCUACAAUCCCCAGGAGAACCGCUGGCACACAAUUGCUCCUAUGGGGACAAGGAGGAAGCACCUGGGCUGUGCAGUAUACCAAGACAUGAUUUAUGCUGUGGGAGGCAGAGAUGACACUACAGAGCUCAGCAGUGCUGAGAGAUACAACCCUCGAACCAACCAGUGGUCUCCUGUUGUGGCCAUGACAUCCCGCCGGAGUGGAGUUGGCCUUGCCGUGGUGAAUGGACAGCUGAUGGCAGUGGGGGGAUUUGAUGGCACAACAUACUUGAAGACCAUUGAGGUGUUUGAUCCAGAUGCUAACACAUGGAGGUUGUAUGGUGGGAUGAACUAUCGGCGGCUGGGAGGAGGAGUAGGUGUUAUCAAAAUGACACACUGUGAAUCCCAUAUAUGGUAAGCAUCAAGAGGGAGGGAGACCCCUUGGUUCUCAUUCCUAGAAAAACUGAAGAGACUUGUUGACACUGGACCUCUUUGCACCUCUAGUAUGCACAGUCUAGAUCCAAUAUAACUCUUUGCCAGUGACUCUUUCUAUGGAAUCGUAAAAAUGACUUCUGUGAGAGUGUGCCCGAUGGGAGACCACGUUGUCAGACUCCAGGGAACCACUGGACAAAAGUAGAAGUGUUGCAUAUGUCCGUAUUUUUUCUAAAUAGUCUACAUUUUUGAAUAAACCAAACUGUAAAAGUUACUGUAGCGUAAACACUGCUGAUGUAGAAACUAUAUGCUACACUGGGAGUCUGGCAAGGAGGUUUCCUGCCUUCCCUCCUGCUGUGUGAGCAGUGGAUGUGGCAGCUGUGUGGUGCGUGAAAAGAGGAAGGCGAUACAGAAAACUUUGCUUUUGCCUUAUUUACAGAGAGCUUCAAAAAA